AUGCUAAUUGCUUAUUUAUACUGCAAUAAUAAUUUAGGCAAAAUAUUAGUGAAUGGGGAACAGUUAUCAGCAGUGGAUAUGCAUCGCAUUUCUUGUUAUGUACAUCAAGAUGAUGUAUUCAUCGGAACACUAACUGUUCGAGAGCAACUUAUUUUUUCUGCUGAACUUCGAAUGGAUCGCAAAGUUUCAAAAGUCGAACGGUUACGUCGAGUUGAGCAAGUGCUUAAAGAACUUAGUUUGAAGAGAUGUGAAACAACGUUAAUCGGUAUAACAAAUCGGCUCAAAGGUAUCUCGUGUGGAGAAAGUAAACGUCUUGCAUUCGCAUGUGAAAUUCUAAAUGAUCCACCAAUUUUAUUCUGUGAUGAGCCAACUUCUGGUUUAGACUCAUUUAUGGCUGUUCAAGUUGUGCAUUGCCUUCAGCAAUUAGCCAAAAAAGGCAAAACGAUCAUUACAACCAUUCAUCAACCUUCUAGCCAAGUAUUCAGCAUGUUUGACAAUAUUAAUUUAAUGGUGAAGCAUUUGCUAUUUAAAUACAAUUUUAGAAUUGGAUAUUCUUGUCCUGAAACGUAUAAUCCAGCAGAUCACGUUAUCAAAACGUUAUCAAACUUGCAAGUUGGAAGAAAUAACACUACUGAGAUAAUUAAAAUUUGGACUAAAUUCGAGGAAUCACCGCUUGGAAUGGCAUUGUAUCGAAAAUCGCAUGGACAAGAAUCCCAGCGAGAGAUAUUAGGAAAUGUCGAUCUAAAAGCACGGAAAAUGUAUGCGGCUUCAUUCUUAGCGCAAUUCAGAACCCUUCUGAAACGUUCAUUUCUGACAACAAUUCCAAAAUUUUUUUAUGUGACCGCGGUAAUUAUUGGCAUGGUGAAUUUUCAAACACAAAUCACUGGGCCAACUAUAAUGAACAUAGAAGGUUUAUUAUAUAAUACUGUACGCGACAUGAAUUUUAUGUUUCUCUUUCCAUCUAUCAAUCUUAUCACAUCUGAAUUGCCUAUAUUUUUGCGUGAACAUCGCAGUUCCAGAAUUUACAGUGCUUCUGCUUAUUAUUUGGCUAAAUCAGUUGCAGAAAUACCAGAAUAUGUAAUGCUUCCAAUUAUUUAUGCAGUUAUUGUUUAUUUUAUGACUGGACUUCGUUUAACGCUGGAAGCAUUCUCUAUUUAUUGCUUUCUAACUAUUGUAAUUACUAAUUUAGCUAUUUCGAUUGCAUAUGCUGGUGCAUGUAUUUUCGGUGGUGACAGCCUUGCUUUAACUUAUAUGCCUUGUUUCAUUUUACCCAAUUUGGUAUUUGGUGGCUUCUAUAUAAGUUUCCAAUCUAUUCCCAUUUAUUAUCAGUUUAUAUCAUACAUUUCUUGGUUUCGAUUUGGUUUCGAAGCGUUCCAAGUGAAUCAAUGGCUUCAUUAUAAACAUAUUCCAGGUAUUAAUCUAGAGUCUAUUCAGAUUCAUCCUAAUCAAGAGAAUUUAAAUUUUGCAAUUUUCAUUUUCGAAAUUAUUGAACAAAAAAAUGGAUUUUACUUUGUAAAUUUUGAAGGGUGUGACAAAAAUUCAACAGAACUUAUUGAAUCUGCGAUUAAUUGUCCAGCAUAUUCUGGAGAAGACAUAUUACUACGUCGUGGAAUGGGUACUUCGCAAGCUGUCAUAAUCAUCGAUACAAUCAUUCUGAUCAUUAUGAUGAUCGGUUUUCGAGUUAUUGGCUUACUAGCACUGGUCUUGAGAGUCCGAUUUACAAGAUGA